AAGCAAUCAAGCAUAUACGUCAUAGCGAUAAUUGCAGCACCUUAAUAAAGUCUAGGAAUAAAUGAGAUCUGAGUAGAUAUAGCUGAAGAUGAUACAAUUAAAAACCUUGAAAACCCAGAUGGAAUUAUUACAUCAAUCGAUAAAAACUAUUGAAUUAUCAAUGAAUUACCCAACACUAUUGCUAGAUCAAUAAAUCUAUGAUCCCGAUUAUGAUGUUUGAAAUAGAACAUUUCGAAUCCAACAAUUUAUCUUUGAUAAAAACUUUAUUACGUAUUUGAUAACUCGGUAGGUUCCAUUUAUGUAUGGUUUAUGAAUUGAGAGUAGCUCAACAAGAAUAAUAGGAUUUUUCAGUUUGAUUGAUAAGGUUGAAACAUCUCAAAUUAACCGAGGUAAAAACAUAAGAUUUCAGAAUAGAAAGAAAACUAUUUGAAAAUGUUACAACUGAGAAUCAAUUUAAUUUAUCUCACAGUAUCACUGCUGGCCAUAUUGAUGUAUAUUUCUUCAACGGAAGCUUAUUCUGAAGCUGAGUACAAAGAGAUGUUUGGAAUUAUUGACAUGGACAGUGACGGAUUUAUCACAGAAGAAGAUUUGAUUGAAUUCAUGGCAAGUGACAAGUCCAAAAUCAUUAACACAGACCAUGGUGCUUUCGCAACUAAUUUUUUAAGAGCGAUUAAGGAUUGCCAGGAAAGUAAGAUGGACUUCUCCUCAUUUUUCGGAUUCAUUAACAAAAAGGAUAACAAAGAUCUUGCAACCAGAAUGAAUGAUGUAAGGAAAAAAUUUCCAAGAAAACAAAAAGUUUCCAGGGAAGACCUUUGUGAAACUCUGCAACUUGAUGCUAAUCAGUUUCCCAAACAAGAAUACACAAUCCAUGAGAUUGCAAAUAUGUACCUCAUCUGAUCAAUGAUAAUUUAUUACAAUAGAAUGGUAGCCUAAUGGAAAUACCAUAGCAAGAGAAUAAAUAUCAUAGCAUGAAUAUUCAAUUCAUGUUUUCUGGGAAAGGUGGUGGUGAAAUAUAUUUUAUAUUGCUCUAUUGUAAAAUAUAAUAAUCAAUUAUUGUGUAACUUUAGUACCUAUUCCUGUAUCAAUCAAUCAAUGAAACCUAAUUGAACUAGCGUUAGCGAGUUCUCACUUUUGAAUUACUAAAGGCCA